AUGACAUCGACGCAACAAAAAGUCGAAGAUGUGGAAUGUUCUAUAGUAAUUAAUCACACUCCGAAUUCUGGGGAUAAAGAAACCGUUGUUGAUGUUAUCUCCAAUGACCAAAGAUUAUCCGAACCGGCAUAUGAUGAAUUAAAGGAUAAUUCGAAAGUCCCAAGUCUUUCUUAUUUACAAAUAUUCAUAUUAUUCUUUAAUUUUGGAAUUCUUUCCUGGGGAGGGCCGGUAGCUCAAAUAGCAUUAUUCAAAGAACGAUUUGUGGUAAAAGGUGGAUGGAUAACAAUGCUAAGAUUUAAUCGUGUCUUUGGUGUUUAUCAAAUUUUACCUGGUCCGGAAGCAACAGAAUUUGCUAUGUUCUUUGGUCAACUUGCUGGUGGACGUAUUGGUGGUUUACUUGGUGGAUUAGGAUUUAUAUUACCAGGAUUUAUAUUAAUUUUACUUUUCAGUUACAUUUAUGAGAUAAUUGGAUUCGAAAAUGAUUAUUUUAAUGCCUCUUUUAGAGCAUUACAACCAAUUGUAGCAGCAUUUGUAUUAAGAGCUGUUCAUAAAAUUGCAGAACAUUCUUUCAUUUCUAGCCGAACAAAUAAAUUUAAUAAAUGGUUAUUUGGAAUGGCAAUAUUAUCAUCCAUUCUAACUGCUCUUAACCUUAAUUUGUUAAUAACUAUGGGAGUUUGUGGAAUUGCAUUUAUGUUUAUUGAUAGAAAACUAUAUUUAAUUGGUCUUCUAGUUUUCUUACUUGAAUUUGUCGGAUUCGGUUUAUAUAUUGGCUUCAAUAAUGGCAUUCCAUCACCAAAUUCACUAGGUAUUGGAAUUGCUAAACAAGAUGAACUUGAUUCUGGUCAUGUCUUCGGUUUGGGUUUGUUAACUGGAAGUAUAUCAUUCGGAGGAGCAUAUACAACAAUUCCAUUCUUGAAAGCCGAAGCGGUAAACAUUGGUGGAUGGAUGACACCUGCAACAUUCUUAGAUGCUAUCGCUAUAGGAAACAUUCUACCUUCGCCUCUAACAAUGUUCUCUUGCUUCAUUGGAUUUCAGGCUGGUCUUAAAGCGGAUGGAGGAGGAAUUGGUUGGGCGUUCCUUUAUGCAUUCCUUAUUACAUUGGGAGUAUUUACACCAUGUUUCCUUUUCACCAUAAUAGGUCAUCCCCUUUUAGAAAAAUUGUGUCGUAAUAAAUUCAUGGCAUCAUUCUUUGAUGGUAUUGUUGGUAGUGUUGUUGGAUUAAUCGCUCCUACCGCAUUUGAUUUGCUUCGAUCAUCACUUAUCACUACUGGUGCUAUUAGUGUUAAGGAUGGAAAUCAACGAAAUAUUAUUGCACUUCAAAGAGGUGCUAUUGCGGCAACUUUAUAUAUUAUGACAUUAGGAGCUUUAUAUUAUUUUAAGCAUAGAAUGUUAUCAGUAUUAUUAAUUGUAAUAGGAGCGAUCGCUGGUCAAUUCUUAUUUAUUGAUAGAUAG